CGCCAUGGGGUCUUGGAAGCAUGUGUUGCUUUGGGGUGGUAUGUUGCUUCGGGGUGGUGGCCGGGCCGCUGCUGCUCUUGGGAGAAGCCGAGUGUUGGUCUGUCGGCGCCAGUUAUCUGGUCCUGAGAGUGAAACCCUAAAACGAAGAACACAAAUCAUGUCCCGAGGACUUCCAAAGCAGAAACCAAUAGAAGGCGUUAAGCAAAUUAUAGUUGUGGCUUCUGGAAAGGGUGGAGUUGGAAAGUCUACUACUGCAGUAAACCUUGCACUUGCACUUGCAGCGAAUGAUUUGUCAAAGGCCAUUGGCUUGUUAGAUGUGGAUGUGUAUGGCCCAUCAAUACCAAAGAUGAUGAAUUUGAAGGGAAGUCCAGAAUUAUCACAGAGGAACCUCAUGAGACCUCUUUUAAAUUAUGGUAUUGCCUGUAUGUCUAUGGGCUUCUUGAUUGAAGAGAAUGCACCAGUUGUUUGGAGAGGCCUUAUGGUAAUGUCAGCUGUUGAGAAAUUGCUGAGACAGGUCGACUGGGGGCAGCUGGAUUAUUUAGUUGUUGACAUGCCACCAGGAACUGGAGAUGUGCAGUUAUCAGUCUCACAGAAUGUUCCCAUUGCAGGAGCUGUGAUUGUCUCUACACCCCAAGACAUUGCAUUGAUGGAUGCACGCAAAGGUGCUGAGAUGUUUCGGAAAGUCCACGUGCCUGUUUUGGGCCUUGUCCAAAAUAUGAGCGUUUUCCAGUGCCCAAAAUGUCAACACAAAACUCAUAUUUUUGGUGCUGAUGGUGCAAGAAAACUAGCACAGACCCUUGAUCUUGAUGUUCUGGGAGACAUUCCAUUACAUCUUAAUAUAAGGGAAGCUUCGGAUGUAGGCCAGCCAAUUGUGUUUUCACAGCCUGAAAGUGAAGAGGCCAAAGCAUAUCUGAAUGUUGCUGCAGAAGUGGUAAGAAGAUUGCCCCCCCUCUAGAGGGAAUCUGAGAGUGUCCUGGAAAUAGCCUGCUGCUUGACAACAUCACCCAGUAAUCAGCAGUGUCAUGGUGAAAUCUGUAGGAAUAAUAGCAAUCAUGGUUAUUUUCUUGUGUUUCUUAGUUUCAGAUUUGAUUUGCUAAACAAUGCUCACAAAUAAAGUUUUUUAUUAGCGAUAACUGCUACAUUUAGGAUUUUUUUGAAAGCUUCUGUGUACAAGAUCAGCAGAAAUUCAUUUUAUUUUAUUGAACUACUUCAGGGAACAUGAGUUUGUAUUACAAGUCAACCAUGAGUUCAGAAGAAAACUGAAAUCUUUUUACAAGACAUGAAUUUGUCAUUUAAAAGACAUACUUGAUUUCAGAUUGGAAAGAUAGUAAAUGAGUAGGAUGCUUGCCUUACAUGUGGCCAACCCAGAUUCAAAAGCUGGAAACAAAGUUAGUCCCCAGAGCCCUGCCAGGAGUGAUCCCUGAGCACAGGGCCAGGAGUAAACCCUGAGCAUCACCAGGUAUCACCCAAAACCAUAAAUAAAUAAAUAAAUAAAUAAAUGGGAUACUAAAUUUGAGUAAGAACAAUGUUUCCAACAUGCAUUUUAAUCUGGAUUUGGAUCAUACCUCUGAUACUAUCUUGAGUACAUUCUUAAUAGUGUUAAGCUUGGAUUGGGUAUGUAGUUCAACAAUAGAUCACUUAGUGCCUCAUGUGUGUAAGGCCCCGGGUUCCAUCCCCAGUUAUAAAAUUUCAGAACUGGUAAGACUUUGUUAAUUAGUUAAUCCUUAGUUAUAAGGAAGUGAUUCAUGACUUUGGAAAAUGCUUGGAUGUCAUUUUCCCUGUAGUCAAGCAGUCAGAAUGGUAGUAAAUGAGGUAGGAAAUGAGUUAUAUGUCAUUAUAAUGUUUUUAUAUAAUUCUAUUUAUAUGAAAAUUUGUACAUGAAUGUUUACAGCAACUUUACUUUCAGUUGGCCAAAAGCAACCAUGAUUUUUUCAAUAGGGGAAUGGUUAAAUGAGCUAUGGUAAAACCAUAUUUUGAAGUACUACCACUCAGCAAUAAAAAAAGAACAAAUUAUGGCUAUAUGCAGCAACCUGUGGGAAUUCCAGAGAAUUAACCUGGAAUGAAGAAGCCAAUCCCAAAAGGUUAUGUACUAUCUAGUUCUAUUCUUGAAAUAACAAAAUUACGGAAAUAGAAAAUUCGUGGUUUCAAAAGUCUCAGGACCAUCUGAAAAUUUGUGAUUUCCAGUGGCCAAGGAGGGCUUUGGGGUGGAAGGAUUGUUGUGUGGCUCUAAAGCUGGAGGGAUCCUUGUGAUAAUGGAAAUCAUUUGUAUCAUGACUAUAUCCGUGGAUUAAGGUAUUAUAUUACAGUUUUAUGAGAUAUUUCCAUUGGGAUAAGUUGAAAAAAGGGCACAACAAAGACCCUCUAUGUUGUUAUUUCUUAUGAUUGCAUGUGAACCUCCAGUUAUUUAAAAAUAAAAAUUA